UGUAGUCAUUCUGAGAUACAUUCUUAGAUUUGUUCUUCUUCCUCAGGGUGUCAUCCCCACCGCACAGCGGGCAGCCAUUGUGGUCGGAGUUGAACUUCCUGUCUAUGACAUCACAAAAAAGCACCUCCUUCGCUCCGGCCUGAUGGGAGACACCAUUUUAGCACAUUUCAUUUCCAGUUUCACGUGCGGGCUGGCGGGGGCGCUGGCCUCCAACCCUGUGGAUGUGGUCCGCACCCGUAUGAUGAACCAGCGGGUUUUAUCCGGGAGCCCCAUGUAUAAAGGAACGCUGGAUGGUCUGAUGCAGACAUGGAGGAACGAGGGAUUCUUUGCUCUAUAUAAGGGAUUUUGGCCAAACUGGCUGCGACUCGGUCCCUGGAACAUCAUCUUCUUCAUCACGUUCGAGCAGCUGAAGAAGCUCCCGUUUUAACGGGGGGGGGGGAUGUUGGUCUGCUGGACUUUAUGUGGAGUUUAUGGUCACCAGCAAAGAAGGAACCUGCCAGUCCGCCUGCACUCGCAUCCAGUCCUGUUUUUACUCUCCAUCUGUGCUUUCACUCCAUUUCAGUUGCUCUCCAUCAUGGCGGACGCUCCUCUGGCAGCUAAAGCUUUCGGAACGAUGGAGACCAGAUAGGUCACUGGGUUCCUUUACAGCUGAGAAAUAUCAAACAUUAUUAUUACAGGUUUGUUUUUAUCUGUUGAAAUGAAUGUUUUCUUUAUUUAUUCAAACAUCAUGAUGGUGUGUGACGCGGCUGCACAGGGAAAAUGGAAAAUAAUAUUUUUAGCCAAGGUGUUCAUUUAACAGAUGAAUGACAGGCUGGCUUUUAUCAGCUUCCCUGACUGACAUGAAAACAUCUCAGAUUCUUUGUGAAAAGAUGAUCAAGUUCAGAAGGUAAAGUUAGAGAAUCCACCUAUGGGAAGAUAUUUACCCCUAAAACCUUUUAGGGACAUUUUGAGAAGCUCUAAUUCUGAGCCAAAGUCUCCUCAGAGAACCAACAGACGGAUCAGAGUAGCUUUCUUUUAAAGAAGUUUAUUUAUUUCAUUUUGCCCCAGAGACGUGCUUCUCUGUAUUUAUUCAUCGCCGCCAUGCAGCACCUGCUGCAGCAGAUCCUGUAAACAUCUGGACAGGCCUUCUUCCUCUGAAUCAGCUGUUUUCAGUCUGUCGCUCUACUUUGUGCCAAAACUGCGAUUCAUUGAAUGCAUUAAGCAGACCAGAUUUAAUUAUUUGAUUUCUUUUUUUUUUUUAAAGGUCCAAAGUUGUUACACCUAAAUAUUCAUAUUCUGGAUUACCAAACAUGAUUCAAUAUCAGGUGUUAUUUUAUUUAAAGGUUUUUCAUAAAUCUGAGGUAGCUAACAUUUAAAAAUGAUCUAAGGGAUCCUGAUCAACUGUUUCUUAAUUAGCACUUUAAUUUAAGAUAAAACUUCUCCUUCAUUCCCGUCUAAACCAAUAAAAAAAAAAAAAGAUUUUCUAAAUGUAAAAGAUGUCCUCUACUGGAGACCAAAGUGCUCCCAGUUUGCCAGCCGCAGCUGCUGUUCUAGUUGGAGGAUUUCUAUACUUUUCUAAUGUUUACAACAAUUAAAAUUUGGCUGCUUAGAUCCGUUCUUCAUGUGAAACAUGCAGACGGCCUUGGUGUGAAACCUGAGGAGCUUCAAUCAUCAGUCUAACGAUGGUAAAGUUAUUUUUAAAACUACAGCUUAGAAGCUUUAUUCCUCAUUUUUUUUAAGAAUUGGGAAUAUUUUG